AUGAGUGCGGAGCACCGGGUGAUCGAAUCGAACCGGUUAAAGUACCAUGUGCAAUGCCGUCAAGCUGAUAAUGGGUGUCAAUUGAGCCUCCGUGUGGUCUUUCGACAGAAUCUCGAAUACUGGGAGGUUUGGAGGGUGGGUGGAGUGCACAGUUGUUUAACACCCACCAUGUCUCAAAACCAUCGUCAGUUAGACAGCAAUCUGAUCUGCAGGAUCAUCUUGCCGUUGAUUCAGUCCAACCCCUUUGUAAGCAUUUCGAUUUUACAAGGUGCGGUUCAAGCAAGCUAUCACUUCAAACCAUCCUACAGAAAGGUGUGGAUGGCCAAGCAGAAGGCAAUUGCACAAAUAUGUGGGGAUUGGGAAGAGUCGUACAAUAAAGUUUCGAAGUUGCUUCAGGCACUGCAGAGCUGUUUUCCUGGUACCAUUUGUGACCUACGCGUUAAACCGUUCUACGAUGGACACCUUUUGGUAUGUGACUGCAGUAUGUUCGACAAGGUAUUUUGGUCUUUCCCGUCAUGUGUCGAGGCCUUCAAGCAUUGCAAGUCCUUUGUCUCCGUAGAUGGUACACAUCUGUAUGGCAGGUAUGGUGGUGUGUUGCUUAUUGCGGUGGCGCAAUAUGGGAAUAGCAACAUCCUGCCUAUUGCUUUUGCCAUUGUGGAGUCUGAGAGUACCGAGUCAUGGUCGUUCUUCCUAACUAAUCUGAGACGCCACAUCACCCCACAAGACGGCCUAUUGGUUAUCUUCGAGAGCACCGAGUCAUGGUCGUUCUUCCUAACUAACCUCGAAGUCAGCCGCCCCGGCGUAAUACGACGUCUCGUUUAG